GCUUGCGGCCUAUGCUUGCGGCUCAUUGCCCGCGUUUGCCUGUGCGCAGCGGCGGCCUGUGCUUUCUACGGUUCCGACCAUCCUGCCGUUACAGUACCGCUAAUUUAGACCGGUACAGUUGUAUUAAAGUAAUAAUAAUAUUGUGGAGACACAGGGCCAUCUGUUCAGUGAAGCCGCCUCGCUUGCUAUUGGCUCUCAGCAGCUGCUAAUCCGUGUCGAGUCCCAAGCUGAGUGGAUUGCCACAUUCGUUUACAAGCAUAAUGGCUGGCGGUGAUGUGAAGCAGCUGGCGGACCAGCUCCUUUCUACGUCUAUCACUGAUUCCAAGGAAGUUAGUUUCAAAGAUAAAGCCUUGAAAUUGGACACCGAAAAGCAUGCGAGCAUUGUUGUGGAAGCAAUAUCUCGCUGUCCGAAGUUGGAAAUGCUGUGUCUGGAGGGCAACACACUCGGUGUCGAUGCUGCAAAGGCAAUUGGGAAAGCAUUGGAAUCCUGUCCAAAGCUAAAGAGAGCCUUAUGGAAAGACUUGUUCACAGGCCGUCUGAGGACUGAAAUACCUGAUGCUGUUAGGUUUCUGAGUUCCGGCAUGCUACUAGCAAAGGCAACGUUAACAGAACUGGAUCUCAGCGACAAUGCAUUUGGACCAAUUGGCGCUGGAGCGUUGUUGCCCCUCUUGAGUUCACCAGUCUGCUACCAACUUGAGGUUCUUCGACUAAACAACAACGGGCUUGGGACCGGAGGUGCUGAGUAUGUGGCCAAGGCCCUGACAAAAUGUCUUGAGGACAGCACGAAGGCCGGAAAGCCUCUAGCUCUGCGGACCUUUAUAUGCGGCCGCAAUAGGUUGGAGAACGUCGGAGCAAUUGCCAUGGGUGCUGUUUUUGGGAAACUGCACUCAUUGGAAGAGGUGGCCUUGCCUCAGAAUGGCAUCUACCAUGAAGGAAUAGCUGCCUUGGCAAACGGUUUGAUGUCCAACAAGAACCUUCGCAUACUGAACCUCAAUGACAACACAUUCACAGCGAAAGGAGCUCGACACAUGGCACAGGCGCUGCGUCACCUUGACAACCUUGAGGUCAUCAACUUUGGGGACUGUUUGUUGAAAACGGCUGGUGCUAAGGAAAUUGCAAAUUCUUUGAAAGAUGGACAUAAUGCACUGAAGGAAGUGAAUCUGGGCAACAAUGAAGUGGCACUGGAUGGGGGCCUUGCAAUUGUGGAAGCUCUCAAAGGAAAGCCAGAUUUGGAAUCACUUGAACUUGACGGUAAUAAGUUUGGCCCUGAAGGAGUGAACAUGCUGGAGACAAUAAUGGAAGCAGUGGGCAAGAUCGAGGCACUGUGUGCUUUCAGUGAUGAUGAAGGCGUUGAUGAUGAGGAAGAAGAGGACGAAGAGGAAGCCCAAGAAGAUGACGGUGACAGCACUGUAAAAGGCAGAUCAGAGAAGGAGUACAUCGAGGCAAGCUGUAGCGCAGAGGAGUUCCUGUCAUCUCCAACAGCAGCCAAGCUGGCUCAACUUGGCACUCAGCGUUCACAGCAUUUGCUUCGAGAGGUGGAAGCAUCUGCAAGUGGCACGGACCUUGUACGAGGCUAUGUAACUGCAUUUAUGAAGGUGGCAUCUGUGGUGGGCAGUGGCGAGGAAGGUGAUGCAGGAAGACACCUUGCUGUGGACUGUGCUGACUCGCUGCUUUCAGCUGCAUUCAGCCUCGCCGAAAAGGAGAACCAUUUGCCAUGGCUCACCAAUGAACUUAUGGUGCACCUGGGCCUGCUCAAGGCCGAAAAAGACCUGAGGGUGAGCUGGUCACCAGUGACAACGGAAGGUGCCAUGGUCCUACUGGCCGAGCUGGUGCCCAAAGAAUACUUUGCCAGCACUACCAGGGACGCCCUCCAGACUUUUUUGUCAAAGCCUCUGCAGCCAAACGGCUGCUUAGGACCAGCAGCCAAGACACGGCACCGGUUGAUGCAGGUCUUGUACCAGCCGUGAAAAACUUUGUGCCAAAGGAGACGUCACCGUUGAUCACCUCCAUCAUCAGACCCUGCUCAGCUUCACUCCCGCUGCGCAACAAAGACCCAAGAGAUGACUCAGUCAUCACAACAUAGAGAUUAAAGCUGCAUGUUUUCUUUCA